GAAAGAGGGCGCUGAAGACUUAACAAACAAAAAAAUGGUCCGGCGUCAUAAAAGGUUUGGCUCCAUAUUUAUAUUUUAAAUUUUUUUAUAUUAUUUUCAAGUUAACGACGUAAACUGAAUACAUACGCCGGACGAAGACAUACUUUAUCCGUCAACAAUUAGAGUUUGGGAUCUGUAUCUUUUGUUUACGAGUUUUAAUUGGAAACAUCAUGUACUGACGUCAAGAGUCCAUCUUUGUACCUACAGAAACCACUUUAAGUCCUUAAUGCAUUCAUUUAUGCCUUUUCAUUUUUAUUAGAAGAAUAGCUUGAUCAAGAACACCUUCCAAUUAAAAACUAUCAUCUGUAAUCCUUCUUCAGUUCAUUAAUUAAAGGUUUUCAGUUAUGGCAAAUAAUAUGAAUCGAGUGUACCCUGUCCCUCCUCCACCACCGGGCCCGGUAAAUCCAUCAGGUCCUGUUCCCGUACCAGUUCCUGUUCCACCACCACCUAAUCAAGUUCCACCUACACCUCAAGUACCACCAGCGACUGCUCCAAUUGCAAUGGGACCUGCACCACCUGGGCCUGGCAUGAGACCUCCUGAUAGACCUCCAAUGCAAGUACAGCAUGGCCCUCCAACAGGAAGACCAUAUGGUGCACCAACUCAAACUUAUCAGAGACCUGCUUAUCAGCCUGGUCCAGGAGUUGGAAUGCAAGGAACUCCGCCACCGCCCCCACAGGGUAUGCAUGCUAGAGUAGGUCAGGGUAUGCCUCCACCACCAAAUGCUUAUCCACCUAGUCGCAUGCCUCCUCAAGGUCCGAUGGGAUCAAUGGGGCUGGAUUCUUCACGUAAACGCCCUGUACCUGACCGUGUUUCAGAUGGACGUAGUCAAGGUCCUCCACCUCCUAAAGGUGCCCCUCCGGGAGGACCCCAAGUUGGAACAGCCACUUCAGGAGGUGGUGGAAGUAAUAAAAAGAAAAAAAAAUUAUCUGAUAAAAUUCUUCCUCAGAAAGUAAGAGAUCUAGUACCGGAAUCCCAAGCUUAUAUGGAUUUAUUGGCAUUUGAACGGAAAUUAGAUUUCACUAUUAUGAGGAAAAGAUUGGAUAUACAAGAAGCAUUAAAGCGGCCAAUGAAACAAAAAAGAAAACUUAGAAUUUUUAUAUCUAAUACCUUUUAUCCGGGAAAACCUGAAGGAGAUACUGCAGAGGAACCAACAGUGCCCUCGUGGGAAUUGCGUGUAGAAGGAAGAUUGUUAGAUGAUCCAAAUGCUCCAAAGUCAGAUCAGAACAAAGUUAAACGAAAAUUUUCAUCGUUUUUUAAGAGUCUAGUUAUUGAACUAGACAAGGAUCUAUAUGGACCAGAUAAUCAUUUGGUAGAGUGGCAUCGCACACCAACAACAACAGAAACAGAUGGAUUUCAAGUGAAAAGACCUGGAGAUAAAAAUGUUCGAUGUACCAUCUUAUUGUUGUUAGAUUAUCAGCCACUGCAGUUCAAAUUAGAUCCUCGACUAGCUCGUCUUUUGGGAAUCCAUACACAGACUCGACCCAUGAUAAUUAAUGCUCUUUGGCAGUACAUUAAAACUCAUAAACUGCAAGAUGCCCACGAGAGAGAAUACAUCAACUGUGACAAAUAUCUUGAACAGAUAUUUCAGUGUCCUCGUAUGAAAUUUGCAGAGAUUCCACAACGUUUACAUCAGUUACUGCAUCCAGCAGAUCCCAUUGUUAUCAAUCAUGUCAUCAGAAAUUUCUUUUCUAGCGUGGAAGGUCCUGAUACUAAAAAGACUGCAUGCUACGAUAUUGAUGUGGAGGUGGAUGAUCCUUUAAAGGCCCAGAUGAAUAAUUUUCUUCUGUCUACAGCCAGUCAGCAAGAAAUUCAAGGAUUAGAUAAUAAGAUUCACGAGACAGUGGAGACAAUUAAUCAGUUGAAGACUAAUAGAGAAUUUUUCCUUAGUUUUGCUAAAGAUCCCCAACAAUUCAUCAAUAAAUGGCUUAUAUCCCAAAUGAGAGAUUUAAAAACGAUGACGGACGUUGUCGGAAACUCCGAAGAAGAAAGAAAAUCGGACUUCUACUACCAACCCUGGGCACAGGAGGCAGUGUGUCGUUAUUUUUACGGAAAGGUCCAGCAGCGUCGGGCCGAGCUCGAACAGGCCCUCGGCAUCCGAAACACUUAAAUCUAGAUCUGACGAUUUUUUCCAUUCAUUUACUAUAGUGUUUACACAUAAAUCAUUAAUUAAUGUAGAAUUUGUUUUUUUGCACAAGAAACAACUUGUAAUAAACCAUCAUAAAAAAUAUUUUUUGUUG